AUGAAAGAAAUCCUUUGUGUGUCUGAGGCCCAUGAAUCACAGCAGAAGUUGGUUCAACAGUUGCAAGCCAGAGCAAAGAAAUUAACAAAACUGGAAGAUUUGUGCAUUAAACAAGAAAAGGUUAUAGAUUAUUUACAGAAGAUUUUGGACAAGCAGUCUGUAACCAGAAAAGCUGGAGCUAAAAUGGAAGCUGAGAAUACUGAACUGCUAAUUGAAAAUAAAAAACUGAGACAAGAAUGUGAGAAUUUAAAGGAGCAGCUGGAACAAGAGUUUCUUUCUCAAUCAUUUGAUCAUGAAAAGGAAGAUCUGAAUUUUGCUCUUGAACAAGCAGAAACACGGAUCAAGUCUUUGGAGACUCAGUUAAUUACCAAGAGCCAUGAAUGGGGAAAAGAAAAAGCUGAUCUUCUCAUACAGCUUAAUGAAGCACAGAAUGGUUUUGUAAGGGGUGUGGAAAUGGCCUUCCCUCUUGUUAUGAACAUGUUUAUAUUUACUGUUUCUUUAUUCCUUACCUACUUACAAAAGACACUGUGA